AUGUCUCGUGUGACCCGGUCACGUAAAAUCGACAUUGCUGAAGACCACACUGCUCUCGCAAUCCAGACGCCAUUGCCAGAAACACCUACGAAAUCAGGCUCCCUUGCCGAACUCAGCGUCGCAGAGAAAGUCAACGCCAUGUCGACAACACUUGAAGAGGUCCCGAUUGCUGCUCAGGUAAAGCAACUGAAAGCAGCCUAUCGUGAUGCCAUUGGGGUUUCGAAGAAGGGCAAAAGGGGGAAGGGCAAACAAGUCGAGGACUGGGAGGGAGUUGAGAAGGAUGCGAAUACAAAAGAAAGCCCGGUUCCUGAAGCUACCCGACAGCUACUUCAGAGCCGUGAAGGUAGUUUGGUGUCUCUCCUGGAGAAAAUGGCCCUGCAAGAUCUAACUCCGACUGCUCCAGAAGCUGGUCCUGAACAAGAGGAACCAAAUCCCACACCAUCACUUCCAAGUGCACGUCUUACUCGUCGCCAAUUGGCAAUGCAACAAGCAGGUCAGUAUACUUCCACUUCACUCGAUGCCAAUGCUUCUUCUUCGAGUGCCCUUGCUCAACGAGACUCAUUUUUUACUUCUCUUUUUGGCGGUCGCCGUCCUGCUGUUCGGCCGCGUAGAAUUCCACUGCCCAGCGAGAGGUUCUCCGACUACGAAUCUAUGACUGAUCAGAAUUUACAUAUAGCGGAGGAGGAAUUGAUGAAGUCAACACAAGACAGUGAGCCUGCAUCGAAGGAUAUAAAUGUUAAUGUUUGCGGUGACACAAAGAUUUAUGGUGAAGACGGCAGCCAGCAUAUUCAGACUCAUGUUACAGAAAUUAUCCGCACCCCAGCGAAGCAAUCGGUCAAGACUCUCGAAGAGGUUGAACAAGCCUUUUCAGAGGAGAAAUCUGUAGCCUCUAUUGAAGUUGAACAGGAAGACUCCUUUGUUGAGCAGAUCACUUGCCGAUCACCAGCAAAACCUGUUUCUCGCAUUGAGGAUUCAGUUGAGGCUCUUGAUCGGCUCGAAGAAGCACUGGAAGCUCUCGAUCAAGCCGUACAGCCUGAGCGAAUAGCCUCGCCGAAGAUGCUACGAAAUAAAGUUGAGCCAAAAGCAGCCGCUCCGGUGCCAAAGGCAUUUAGAGAGAAGGUGAACGUUGCGGCUAAGGCCGUCGCCGAAGCUUCUCAGAAGUCAAGCCCGCCCAAGCAACAAACCCCAAAGACCGGUUAUGCUUCCAUGCGUGUGAAGCCAACGGCACCAAAGCAACGGCCGAGUAUUAAAAAGGCCACAUCCAUGAUAUUUAAGCCAGUCGCUGCCGAGAGUGACAAAUCACUUCCUGAAGAAGUCAAAGUCCAGCCCGCUGGUAAAGCACCUGUCAAACGCCCUAUUAGUCUCCUUCCACCAAAGGGGCCUUUAAAGUCAACCAAGCCCCCUACACGCGCAUCGUUUGAACUACCCGGCGAAGCUGUGGCACGGAAGUUAAAAGAACAACGCGAGGCCCGGCUUGCUCAACGGGAGUCUAACGAGGAGAUUUCCCAUACAAGCCGAGUUGUCUCUGGCCCAAAGACAAUCAAGUCUGCUAAGCCGCCUACCAAGUCGACCUUUGAGCUUCCUGGCGAGGCCUUAUCUCGAAGAAAGAGGGAAGCACAUGAAGCUCGUCUGAAAGCCCAAGAAGAAGAAGACCGCAAACGCCGAGAGUUCAAAGCAAAACCGCUCCGCAAGAGCAUUGUACCUGGUGUCGUUCCCCGCGACACGGUUGCGAGUCGCGCUCGACAGAGCAGGAUUGGACUUGAACACAUGGAAGACGGUGAUCUUUCUGUGGCCAAGCGAGGCUCCAAUGUCGGUGCGCAUCGUCCUUCCCUCCAACAGCUUAGUCUUGCCAAUAUGUCGGCUCAACGAGCUCCAGGACCGAAGGGCGGCCUCAUUCGCAAGCCUUCGACAACUAGCGGUCCAUCUAUGAGCGGUCUUCAUAUGCAGAGAACUGUUUCUGACAAAGAGGUCCUGAUUCAACGUCAACGCGCCAAGGAAAUCUACACUCGAGAUGCUAAAUUGACUGAAGAUAUGGAGAGAGAGAAGCAGGCACGCGAGGCUGCCGCUAAGCGCGCGCGGGAAGAAGCUGCUGAGAGAGGACGCCAGGCUAGCAGAGACUGGGCUGAGAAGCAACGAGUAAAGAAAUUGACCGCGACUGACAAGGGACUAGGUGCUGGAUACGGACCGGGUGGACAAUUGGGGUUGAGCAGAUGA